CCAAAGGGAUACUUGUUUACUCCCUGAAAUCUCCAUUAAAUAUCGGUGCUUUCCUAAAUUUUUUGUCAGUCCAUGCUACCAAGGGCUAUUACAUACAUAAGGUUUGUGAAGAUCUCUGGAACCAUUUUGUUAGUAUGUGUGGAACCUGUGGAUGGUCAUGCUUCUGCUGCUAUCGGAAUAGGGCAAGCAAGACAGAGAUAACAAACACUACUAAUAUUAAAAUAACACCUCCAGGUGUUACAGCUGGCGUGUCACUGAGUGGCACCAACAUUGAUCAAAUAUCCCGCAAUAUGAGCACAAUAUUAAACGUGUCCAUUCAAAUUACAAAUUUCACGGACAUGUACACCUUAUCAAAUCCAGAGAACUACACCGGCAGUGGUUAUUGUUGCAAUCCUCCUCAGCCUACAGUCCCAAAAAAGACCACUGAAGUCUGCUCCUUUACCAAACGCUCAUAUUCAAUAUAUGGUUGCUCCGGAGUCCUGAUGUACAAGAUCCUUAAUAAUAACAUGCACUCUGUCGGUAAACUUGCCAUAAUGUUCUCUGUACCUUACGACAUUCGGUAUGAAAACUAUUUUGCUUUUGGUAUUUAUGAAGAGCAAAUUUCAUGUAAUGAGACACUGUUCAAUCAAAUGUAUUAUGAGAGGGGUCCAUUCACAAGAGCAAAAGCAACAGGGAAUGAAAUCAUGCAUUCUGGAGAAGGAAUUAAUGUGACUGGAACAAUGUCCGCAGUAGGCAAUGCAAUAAUAAAGGUUGAAUUUCGUAAAUUGUAGUCUUCAAGACAGGCACAAGUAAAACAUUGUGGAUUCAAGAUAAGGGGCUUAGUCCAGGAGGAUAAGGUAAUUAAUAUGUCUAUGAGCUAAUAAACUACUAAACUAAUCAGUAACAGCAAUUUCUCUAUUAUGCAUAGCAUUAUCUCUCAUUAAAAUUAUUUCUAUCCUACUGUGUACUAACACUGGUCUUAACUGUGCCUUUGUCAGCUGUAAAGAUGUUAUGCAUGUAUGUUAUGAGUAUGUUCUGUGUGUGUGUGUGUGUGUGUGUGUGU